UAAUGAAGAAAACGCGUACAUGUAUUAAAUACCAAUACGUUGAAGCAAGAGAAGCGUUGAUGUUGAUGCUGAUGCUGAUGCUGAUGCUGAUGAUGAACAAUAUGUAAAACAUUCAUCCCUUGCCUUGCACAGUGCUUCUACCAUUCAUUCUACUUCUUAGCUUUGAUUCCAACCUACCACCUGCAUUAAAUUCCUCACCCAAUCACCUUUCGGAUCUUCCUCGGGAUCUACGAAACCUGUUCCUCUCUCACUUUGCCGCCAUAACAUACCCACGUGGAUUUCCCACUCUUCUUUUCAAUUUUCCUUCUUUUGUUCUUUUUGGUUUUCUGGGUUGAUCUAGCGGAGUAAAUCCUCUGAAUCACAAGUGGAUGAGUGAUACUUCAAAGUGAAUUCUGAGUAUAUAUUAUGCCAUGCCAUUCUGAUAUGACCAAGAAUGAAUUGCUGAAAACCUCUGAUGACAUGGGAUUCGGCUUAAAUCUCAUAAAUAAAAGUUCAAAACGGCAAAGCAGGUCAAAGACAGCUAAGGAUAGUUCUGAUUUGCCUCAACACAGUCCAUAUCCAAGGGAUCUUGAUAAGUUGAAAUCAAAGUCUAAUAAUGUUGAUCCACAAAACAGUGAUCCUUGUCAUAAAGCAAAGCACGAUGUAGUAGGAAAGGUUCAUCACAGGGAGAGUGCAAGGGAAAGUUCAAGUCAACCUGAUGAACUUGUCAAGUAUAUGUCUAAUUUGCCAUCUUUUCUCAAGCGUUCUGAUAGUGGAGAAAGCAUUCAAGGGAAGGCUUUAAAUGUUGGGGUUCUAGAUUGGUCACAGCUUGAAAAGUGGAAGAGCAAGCAAACUCAUAUCAGGGCUGUAGCUAGUAGUUUCACACCAUUCAAUGGAAGUGAAGAAUCAUCAUCAUCAUCAUCAAGGGCAGCCACCACAUCAUCUACCACUGUUAGUGGCCAUAAUAAAAAUUUUGAUGGUAGAAAAGAUUUGAGUUCUUCAAGAAUCAAGGCAUCUUAUAAAGAAGGUCUUCCUAAAAGUUCCAAAGGGUCUUCUCAGAAUGUCAAAUAUCAAUAUUCUGAAGCUAAAGCAAGAACAAUUAGAGAUGAACACAGAAACACACCCAGGGAAUUUGAGCCCCGUGGCAAAACUCAGUCAGAUACAUCACUUCAAAGGGUGAAAAGGAAUGACUACGAUGAAAUAUCUUCAGUGGUUGGAAAUUUUGUAUCAAAGUCCAGGCAUGAUGUCGAAGCUAAGGGGAGAAUGGAGGGUUUGCAACAGCAUAGCCUCAAGAAUAAGGAGAGAAAUCUAGAGUCUAGUUCUGAUAAGGGACUUCCAUCAUUAGAAUCAAAAAGUAAAGGUGUCUCAUUUGAUUCUCAGAAGAAAAUGAGUUCCAGAAGCAUUGAAGCCAAGAAAAAGAUGGAUCAGUGGCAGGAGUCAGAUAUUGAUGUUGGUCAUAAACACAACCAUAGGAUGCCUAGUAACAUUGUGCUGCUUCGUCCCCAAAGAGUUCUUCAAUCGAGUUCUGAAGAUUAUUUUCAGCAUUCUCAAUCAAGAACUUCAUCUGAUGAAGACUUUUCAGAAUCAAGCCGGAGUAGUUCAUCAUAUGUUUCCCUUCAAGAGGAGGAUUACACUAAAGAUUUAUAUUCCAAAGUUCCACAUUCAGGUGUACUUCCUUCUGUAACAGAGCUUGCUUCUUCCUCAGAAACAAUGCAACAUAGUUUCAAUACUGACCUAGAUAUUGAUCAUUCCUCGGUUGUAUCUAAGAAGCCAGCUUUCUUAAAUAAGAUGUCUAGUCUCCAAGCAGAAGAUACUUCCAUUGAAAAAGAUGUGUUAGAUGUCAAUCAAAAAAAUCAAUGUGCUUUCAGUAAUUUAAAUAAAUCACAGGAUCAUGAAACUGCUGAGAUGAUAGCUCAGAAUUCCUCAUCCCAUCGUUGGCUUAGCUUAAGUUUAAGUCGCAUUGGAAGAAGUUUCAGUUUCAAGGAAGGGUCUACCAUUCCAAAACUUAGCUCCAUGUAUGUUAGUGCAAAUUCUGGUCUAGUGACAUCUGAAUCUUCUGCUUUUUUGGAUAAUCUUAGCAAAGAUAAGGUAAAUGGUCAUAAAAGAACCAGGUCCAGUCCCUAUUUGAGGUUAUUAGACCCCAUAUUGAAGCAUAAGGCAUCAAACAUACACCAUUCAGAUGAACACUGUGUUACCCCAAAAGGAAGCAUGCAUUCAAUCAGCUUGAGGACGGAUAAUCUGCCUGAUGAAAAGAGAAGUGAAUCACCAAUUCAAGCCAUUUUGCAGCUAACAAUAAAAAAUGGACUACCUUUGUUUAAAUUUGUGCUCAACAAUGAAAGAAAGGUUCUUGCUGCUACCAUGAAGAGUUUAGCAUCAUCCGCGAAGAAUGAUGUAGACUGCUGUUUUACAUUCUACCUUGUUAACGAAAUCAAGAAAAAGAAUGGUAAAUGGAUGAGUCAACGGAGUAAGGAAAAAAACUGUGGAUAUGUGUACAAUAUUGUUGGUCAGAUGAAGGUUUCUAGCUCUAAAAUGACUGAAACAAGAAAGCAGAAGAACCCCAAGAGAGAGAGUGUGGUGAAAGAAUAUGUCCUAAUGGGGGUUGAAAUUGACCAGCCAGAUCAAGGAUCACCGAAGUUCAUCAAGAGCAAGGAACUUGCAUCUGUUGUUAUUGAGAUCCCUUGUGAAAACAUAAGUCAUGAAGGGUUGCAUAAGAAGGGAUGCUUAAAGUGCUUGCAAAAUGAAAGAUGCAUUUGCAGCUCUCAAGAAAAUGAUAUAGAUGGUAACGUCAUAGUUAUACUUCCAGGUGGUGUUCAUAGUUCACCAACCGCAGGAGAACCUUCACCAUUGAUCCAUAGAUGGAAAUUGGGUGGAUUGUGUGAUUGUGGAGGUUGGGACGUUGGUUGCAAACUGCUUGUUCUCUCUAACCAAAACCUCAUUUCAAAUAUUCCAAGGAGUUCAACAUCUUACCUUGAGAGAUUUCAACUUUUUGUUCAGGAAGGAGCUGAGCAGAACACACCUCUAUUCACUUUGGUGCCUUUGAAGGAUGGACUCUACUCAGUUGAAUUCAGUUCAACAAUCAAUCAUUUACAGGCAUUCUUCAUUUCUGUCUCAGUUUUAAGCAGCCAGAAACUACCAAGUUCCUUGGAAAUGAAUACCAUGGAAGAAGAGAUCAAUAAGAAAUUCAGUUCCAAGAACAGCAAAGAACUUCAAGGGAAAGCACCUUUAUAUUAUAAUCCAAUUCCACCCCUCUCCCCAGUUGACAGAGUUUAAUUUCAGAAAGUGGAGGCCUUUCCACCAUCAUAGGUAGUUUUUAUAUAUCUCCAUGAAGCUAAGGAGUAGCAAGUCAUUGCACUACCAAAUUUUCUCCUUUUUCUUCCUUUUUUGUUUUGAUAGCAAUCCCAGUUUUUCCCACCAGAGUACCUAUUGUGGCAGAAAAUGGUCUUCUCAUUGUAUUCUUGUAUUCAUUGUACAAAAGAACCACUGCACGUAUACCAUAUUUUUACAAAAUGCACAUGAAUGAAUAAGAUCACCUGUUCUAUACACUGGAGAUUCUUGAUACUGUGGCAUGAAUAAAGAGAGAAGUCUGUCAUGACACUCAGUUUUAACAUCAUUGCAAUAUGUACUAUUGGAGAUUUUCACUUUCCACUUUUUCCUCGAGCAUUAUAAUAUAUUUUUUGCAAAUAUGGUUUAUGUU